GUGAACACAAAAACGCCUCUCAAAAACCCUAAAACAAAUAAUAUUUAUAAGUACAAAAAUUGAAAGUGCGAGAGCAUAGCGAUGAUAGAGACUUGAGAGUGCCAGGUAUGAUUUUCAAGCCUUCCCAACGUCUUCCUUGACGUCCCCUUCACAGCCUUGAGAACUCCGCUGCCAACUUAAGUGCAUGCUCUCCUCCACCAUUUCCUCUCUCGCUCGAUUCAAUCGCCAUUCCUCUUCUCACUCUCGAUUCCCUUCCUCCAAUUCGAUCUCAGCUGCAAUGGCUUCUUCGCUCUUAUCCCCUUCGAUUUCCGUCCAGAAUCUCGCCUUCAACUCCUCAGAGCCCUUCCGAAGCUCUUCGUGUUUCGCGGGGUCCAACCAUGGGAUUCGGAGCUUCGGACCUAGGUAUUCGAACAAGUCUAGGGUUUUUGCGAGCGUCUCGGUUGGAUCGCCAGCUGUGGCCGUUGAUGACGCAUUUUUUAAGGAUUACAAGCCCAAUUAUGCUUUCCUGUUUCCUGGUCAGGGUGCACAAGCCGUUGGAAUGGGUCAGGAAGCCCAAAACGUGCCUGCUGCAGCAACCUUAUAUAAGAAAGCAAAUGAAAUUCUUGGGUUUGACCUCUUGGAUGUGUGCAUAAAUGGACCGAAAGAAAAGCUAGAUUCAACUGUCUUAAGCCAGCCAGCUAUCUAUGUCACGAGCCUUGCUGCUGUUGAGUUACUUCGUGCUCGUGAUGGGGGUCAGCAGAUAAUUGAUUCUGUUGAUGUCACAUGCGGUCUAAGCUUGGGAGAAUAUACUGCUCUUGCAUUUGCUGGAGCUUUCAGCUUUGAGGAUGGUCUCAAGCUGGUCAAACUAAGGGGUGAAGCCAUGCAGGAAGCUGCGGAUGCUGCUAAAAGUGCCAUGGUCAGUGUUAUAGGACUUGACUCGGAUAAAGUCCAGCUGUUAUGUGACGCAGCCAACGAAGAAGUUGAUGAAGCCGAUAAAGUUCAGAUUGCAAAUUUUCUUUGCACUGGGAAUUAUGCAGUCUCGGGAGGUGUAAAAGGAGUUGAAGCAGUUGAAGCAAAGGCAAAGUCAUUUAAAGCUCGAAUGACGGUGCGCUUGGCUGUAGCUGGGGCUUUCCACACUAGUUUCAUGGAACCAGCUGUGUCAAGAUUGGAAGCUGCACUGGUGGCAACAGAAAUCAGAGCUCCAAGAAUACCAGUUAUAUCUAACGUUGAUGCACAACCUCAUGCAGACCCAGACACCAUCAAGAAGAUAUUAGCACGGCAGGUAACAUCUCCAGUUCAGUGGGAAACUACAGUGAAGACUCUUCUCACAAGAGGGCUGAAGAAGAGCUAUGAAUUAGGUCCUGGAAAGGUUAUAGCUGGCAUUGUCAAGAGAAUGGACAAGAAGGCAGAAAUAGAGAAUAUUGGUGCUUGAGGGAGUUACCACGUGACCACGUUUUCUCAAUGAAUACCGUCUUAAUAACUAUGCGAAUGUGUUGUAGCAUCUCGGUUGAUAGGCAGAAAGGUACCAGUUCAAGCAAAACCAAGAAGACAUUUGGGCCUUAGGGCUUGAGCUUUUGAGUGGUAAAAAUCAUUGGGAUUUUGUUCUGUCUCUGCUGGAUACUCGAGUUUUAAUUUCAUUUUGUAUCGUGUAAGUGUGUCUCUCGAUCUACAUCAAUGUAACGUUUGGCAGUUAUAGCCACUUCAAUCAUUUAUGGUCAACGUUUUUACAUUGCUGCA